AUGCAGGCCCCCGUUGUGGUCAUGAACACCAACAGUGACAUCAUCCGAUCAUGUCUGGGUCCCAAGGCCAUGUUGAAGAUGCUGCUCGACCCCAUGGGUGGCAUCGUCCUCACCAACGACGGCCACGCCAUUCUGAGAGAAAUCGAAGUCGCCCACCCCGCCGCAAAGAGCAUGAUCGAGCUGGCCAGAACACAGGAUGAAGAAGUCGGUGACGGUACCACCUCAGUCAUCAUCCUCGCUGGUGAAAUCCUCGCCCUCUCUCUUCCCCAACUCGAGCGUAACAUCCACCCCGUCGUCAUCAUCCAAGCAUUCAAGCGCGCCCUUAGCGAUGCCCUCCAAGUCAUCCAAGACGUCUCGGUCCCCGUCGACACCUCGGACGACGAGCAAAUGUACAAGCUCAUCUCUUCAUCAAUCGGCACAAAGUUCGUCUCAAGAUGGUCCGACAUGAUGUGCAACCUGGCCUUGACUGCCGUGCGCACUGUUUCCUACAGCGGCGGUGGUGGAAAGCAAGAAGUUGACAUCAAGCGUUACGCUCGUGUCGAGAAGAUUCCUGGAGGCGAGAUCGAGGACAGCAGAGUCCUGAACGGAGUUAUGCUCAACAAGGACAUUACCCAUCCCAAGAUGAGGAGGCGCAUCGAGAACCCUCGUAUUGUUCUGCUUGACUGCACACUCGAGUACAAGAAGGGAGAGUCGCAAACAAACAUUGAGAUCACAAAGGAGGAGGACUGGAACCGCAUUCUGCAGAUCGAGGAGGAGCAGGUCAAGCAAAUGUGCGACGCCAUCAUCGCCGUCAAGCCCGACCUGGUCAUCACCGAGAAGGGUGUUUCCGACCUCGCCCAGCACUUCCUCAUGAAGCACAACAUCACCGCUCUCCGCCGUGUGCGCAAGACCGACAACAACCGUAUCGCUCGUGCUACUGGCGCCACCAUCGUCAACACCGUCCAGGACCUCACCGAGUCAGAUGUCGGUACCCAGUGCGGUCUCUUCGAGAUUGAGAAGAUUGGCGACGAAUACUUCACUUUCCUCACAAAGUGCCAAAACCCCAAGGCCUGCACAAUCCUGCUUCGCGGCCCCUCAAAAGACAUUCUCAACGAGAUCGAGCGCAACCUCCAGGACGCCAUGGGUGUCGCCCGCAAUGUCGUCUUCCACCCUUACCUCUCCCCUGGCGGUGGUGCCACCGAGAUGGCCGUCGCCGUACGAUUGUCACAGCUCGCCAAGGGUGUCGAAGGCGUAGCCCAAUGGCCAUACCGCGCCAUUGCCGAAGCCAUGGAAGUCAUNCCCCGCACCCUUAUCCAGAACUCUGGCAACUCACCCAUCCGCGUCUUGACUCAGCUCCGCGCAAAGCACGCCGAGUCAAACGAUAACAGCAGCUGGGGUAUCGACGGUGAUGCCGGUAAGGUCUGUGACAUGCACAAGCUUGGUGUCUGGGAGCCCCAGGCCGUCAAGUUGCAGAGUAUCAAGACUGCUGUCGAGUCGGCUUGCUUGCUGCUCAGAGUCGAUGACAUCUGCGGUGCCAAGAAGGCUGCGACAUCAGGUGGCCAGAUGGGUGGUGGUGAUGAUUAG